GAAUAUCAACGAUGACGUCGCUGGAUGCAGAACUAACUUGUGACGAGCGUGCUUUGUUGACCUUGUUUGUGCGAAGCAUAGCUAUUGAUACAUAUGCAACUUGAAUGACUUCAUACAUUGGAAAAGCUCAGUUGUUUUCUAGUUUGCUGUGCCAAGCCGUCAUGGCGUUUCGCUCGGUGUAGGUCUACUCGUAGAACUUAAUGCCAAUGGAUGCCGACAUGGAUGAAGCAACGCCUGUGCAGCCGCUAUCGGCGCUCAUCCGACAAUUGGGCGCUCCGACGGCGGGCGAAGCAAGCAAGCUGGAGCUCGCAGCCAGCGUCGCGCGCCAGCUGCUGUCCACAGCGCCGUCUGGAUCUGUGUUGACGACAAAUGCAAAUGCAGGCCAGGCGGCGCACCAGCACGGUUCAGCGGCAGCUCAGACUGUGCCGGUGCAGGUGCUGGUGCACUAUCACCGCGCAGUGCUGGACUGGGCGGUGGGCGCCAUCCUCAAACUCAAGCCGCCAGCAACAUCAGCGGCAGCAGCCGCAACUGCAGCAGCAAACAAAACACCUGCAGCACCAGCAUCGGCUGCCAAAGGGAAGGGGCCGGCAGGCGCAGGCGCAGCCGCAGGAGCAGGAGCAGCUGCGGUGGCGGGAGCGCAGGGCACGGCGGCUGCGGCAUUCCUCCAGGCCUCGCUCUCCUCAUGGCGGCUGCUGCGGGUGCUGCUGCUCCUGCCGCCGCUAUCUCCGCCUUUUGACAGCGCCAUCGUCGGGCUACAUCUCGCUCAGCCUGCAAACCCGGGGCACGGCAGCCACAGCUUCCUACGCGUGUCGCUCUCCGGGGGCCCGCCCCUGCCCGGCACGCUACUGCCGGCGGCGGCGCAGUGCAUCCGCGUGGCCGCGGCGGCUGUAGCAGCAGCUGCGACUGCUGGCAGUGGCACUUGUGGCGGCCUAGGGGACCUGGUUGUGGAGCUGCUGGGGGAGUUGCGCAGCUGCCUUGCGCGGCUGCUGGGCCAGGGGCUGGGGUUGGGGCCAGGUGGGGCGACCGGCAGCAGCGGCCGCCAUAGCCACGGCUACAGCCAUGGCUAUGCAGGCCACGAGGUCCACGGGCUGGGAGAGCAGCAGCAGCAACAGCCGGCGCUGCUACAGCCGUCCCUGGAGCAGUGCACGGCGCUGCUGACGGCGCUGCUGGAGUGCCGCUCCGCGCUCACAGCGGAGCCAGCAGCGGCCGCAGUUGCAGCUGGAAACCCGGGCAAGGGCGCAGGCACGGUGCAUGGGUUUCAGCCGCGGGGCUCAAGCGCGCAGCUGCGCGCGGCGUGGUGGGCGGGACUGUGCGCCGCCGCACUGCGCGCCGCGCACGCCUGUGUGGCCACGCACCCCGCCCCCAAGAAGGUAUGGCAGGCCUUCGUGCCGGGCCUGUUGCUGCCGCUGCUGCGGCUAGCGGCGCCCGAGGGCCGCGGCGCGGCACUGCGCCUGGUGCUCAGCCCGGGCGCGGGCGGCGGCGGCGGCGGCGGCGGCGGCGGUGCGGGUGCGGGUGCGGAGCAAGGGCCAGGGCCAGGGCAGGGCCAGGGGCAGGGUGGGGCUGCGGCGCACGCGGCGUCGGAAGGCGGGUCGGGAGGCGAGGCUUCGGCCGCGGCGGCGGCGGCGGCGGUGGCGGCCGAGGCGGCUGGGGCACUGGCAGAGGCGUCGCGGGCGGCUGAGGUGCUGCUGGCGGCGGUGCUGUUCAAUGACGCGCACGUGGGGCCUCUGGCGGAGCUGUUCGCCACGCUCGCGCAAGGCCCGUCGCCGCCGGCUGCUGGCAAGGCGGAGGGCGCGGGCGAGGCGCCGCAGGCGCGCGCAUCCAAGCCCCAGCAGCGACCUCAGCAGCAGCCGCAGCAGUCGCAGCAGGAUCCGGAGGAGCGGGCGGCGGCGGCGGCGCCACUGCCAGGCUUCGGCGUCGCCGUGGGCCGGAAUUAUCACGGCCAGCUGCUGGCGACGCUUGCUACAGCCAUGGCGGGCGGGCCGGCUGCUACUGCUACUGCCACUGCCACUGCUGGUGCUACUGCUGGUGCUGCUGCUAGUGGCGGUGGCGGUGCAGCUACUGCCGAUGCUGACGCAGGCGGAAUGGUUGUGGCCGGGCUGCCAUGGCUGCUGCGCAGCUUCUGCCGCGCGGCGGCGCGGCUGCGCCGGACGCUGGCAGCCGACUCGGCGGCGGCGGCGACGGCGACGGGCAACAGCAGCGGCGCGGGAGGCCGCGGCGCGGAGGCCGGCGGCCGUAACACGACCACGGCGGCGGCAGCGGGCGGCGAGGACGGCGAGGGCGCGCCGCCGUCACAAAAGGCGCUUGCUACAGCCGAGUUCAAUUGCAUGGCGGUUCUGUCGUACAUGCUUAUGAUGCCGCCGGCUGUAGCAACAACAGCAGCUGCAGCAGCGGCGGCGGCGGCGGCUGUGGCGCCUGGCGGCGCCGCCGCUGCCGGCGACGGUGGCCGGGCUGCGAAGAGGCGGAAGCUGUCCGCGGCGGCGGCGGCUGAUUCCGCGGCUGCAGCAGCGGGUGAGGCGGCUGGAGUCUCGGAUGCGGCUGCUACUGCCGCGGCGGGCGCAGGCGUGCGGCGGCUGGCGCUUGGAGCCGUGUUGGCGACCGGACGGGUUGCCGGCGCCUACCGGCCCACCGCAGACGUGUCCGGCGAGCAGCGGGCAGCGCUGGCGGCGCUGACGCACUCGCUGCUUGGGGAGGUGCGCGCCGAGGCCGCAGGCGCCCCGGCGGCGGCGGCGGCGGCUGGCGGCGGCGGCGGCGGUCUGGCGCUGGGCUCGUCGCUGGCGCUGGUGGCGCUGCUAGACCUGGAGCACAGGGUGAUCACGCCGCACCUGGAGGACGUAUGGUCGCUGCUGUGGCGCACUGCAACCACAGCCGACAGCGACGGCGCCGCCGCCGCCGCCGCCAGGAGCGGCAGCGGCGGCAGUACUGCUGGCGCCGCCGGGGGCCUGGAGGCGGCGGCGGCGGCCGCGGCGGCGGUUCUGCAGCGCUGCGUGCGGGCGUUCUCGGAGCUUCGACAGCUGAGCACGCUGCUCGAGUCGCUCGGCACGGCCCUGCGUGCACUGGCGGGACCCGGGGCAGGGGCGGCGGCGGCAGCUGGCGCGCCGUCGGUGACUGGGGCCGCGGCGGCAGGCAAGGGAAAGGGAAAGGCAAAGGGCGCAUAUGCAACGGGCGGGGCGGCGGCAGCGUCGCGGGACUCGGCAGGCGCGGCUGCGGAGGCGGCGGCGCUGCUGGUGGUGCGGCCAGAGGUGGUGGCGGCGGUGCGGCAGGCGGUGGCGGCGGCACCCACAGGGCAGCUGUCCGCUCUGGUGGCGUGGGUGGCGCAGGACGUGGCGGCCUGGGGCGAGGUGGUGGCGGCGGCCGCCGGCUCGGCGGCGGCGGCAGCAGCAGACGGAGACGGAGACGCGCAGCCGGCGGCAGCGGCGGCGGCGGCGGCGGCGGCGGCCAAUGCGCUCACGGCGCUGCUGCUGGCGUCAGGACGGCUGUACGACGGCAUCCUGUGGUCGGUACGGCUGGACCUCACAACCGCCUCGGCGGUUGGCGGCGCGCUGCGGCGGCUGCUGAGCGUGGCGGCGCCGCCGCUGGUACGGGGUGUACGGGAGUACGCCAGGGCAGUGGCGGCGGCGGCUGGGGAGGAGCAGCCGGACGCGGCGGCGGCGGCGGCGGCGGCGGCGGCGGCGGCGCUGCGGCUGUGUACGGCACGGCUGGCGGCGCUGCUGCGGCUGUACGGCAGUGUCGUACAGGCCAACGCCGUGUGCAGCGGCCUGCACCCUGAGGUCGCGGUGUUGCCUGAGCAGGACAUCGCCGCGGCGAUGGCAGUAGCAGGCGGCAGCAGCGGCAGCGCUGCUACUGCCGGCACAAAGCGUGUCCCGGGGGGCUACCUUGCUGCAGCGAUCCUGGCGGCCGCGCAGGCCGACGCCGCCGGCUCUGCUGCGGCGCGCACCGGCGCUGCUGCUACGACGGCAGUAGCAGCUGCGGUGCCCGUGACCCAGGACGCGGCGGAGGCGGCGGAGGAGCAGGUCAAGAAGCUGCGCAAGGCUUUGAAGAAGGCGGCGGAAGCUGCCGGCGUUGGCAAGCUGCGCGGCGCCGCCGCGGAGCCGCUGGCGGCGCUGGCGGCGCUCGCGUUGCCGCCGCUGGCGGCGGCGAUAGCCGCCGCCGCCGCCUCCGGCGGCAUUGGCAGCGGCGGCGAUGGCGCCAGUGCGGCGACGGCAGCGGCGGCAGCGCCCUGGGAGGUGCUGGAGCUGGCGCGCGCGGUGUACCGUUGCCUGUGCCAGCGGCAGCAGGUGUUGCACGAGAGGCGAAUGCGCCGCACCAGCACCUGUCCGCUGUACGGCGGGCCCCGGGGCGGGCGGCAGCAGGCAGCGGAGGCAGCGGCAGACGCAGCCAAUCAGCAAGCAGCCGAGGCGGCGGCGGAGGCAGAGGAGGCGGAGCUCAGACUCAACGCAUGCCUGCUCACGGCGCCGUUCUCGCCCGCCGCGGCCGCGACCUGCGGUGUCUCCCAUUCCGCUACCGCUGCCGCGGCGGCGGCGGCGGCCGGCGUGCGGCGCAGCUGGGACGGCGCGGUGGCUUCGAGCUGGUCGGACCUGCUCUCGCUCAUGCACUGCGUGGCGCCGUGGGCCUCCGCCGCCGCCCUGGCGCAGGUGCUGCGGCUGGCGCUGGAGGCAGCCGCCGCCAGCAGCCAGUGCGAGCGGCGGCGCCGGCGGCGGCUACUGCUGCUGCAGCCGGCGGCGCACGGCGCGCUGCGGCUGGUGGAGUUUCAGGCGCUGCCGGGCGUUCGGCAGGAGCUGGCGGCGGCGUGGGCGGGCGCGGCGGCGGCGGAGCUGGGGGAGCUGCUGGCGGCGGCACGGGCCGAGGCGGAGGCGGAGGCGGGGAGCGGCAGUGUGGGCGGUGUGGGCGGGGCUGCGAAGGGCCGGCGGAAGUCGGUCGUGGUGGAGGAGGGCGUCGGCGGGGCUGCAGGGGCUGCGGCCCGCGCGCGGCUCUCGACCUGGGAGCAGUUGUGCUGCGGCGGCGGCGGCGGCAGCGGCGGCGGCGGCGGCGGCGGCGGCGCAGGCGCAGCGGCCUCAGGAGCGGGUGAGGGCGAGGUCGAGGUCCAGCAGGAGGACGGCGGUGCAGGAGCGGACGCCUUGGCGUUUGCAACCCCGAAGUCCUGGCGCCGGGUGCUGAAGCUGAUGCAGCGGCAGGGCGAUGCCCUAGCCGACGUAGCCGGCGCGACAAGCCCGCGGCGGCACCUUGGCCCGGCGGCAGCGGCGGCGGCGGUGGCAGCUGCUACAGCCGGCGCAGUGCUUGCUACUGCCGCGCGGCUGCAGCGGCUGCUGGACGCGCUGCGGUCGGACCUGCAGCCGCAGCUACUGCCGCGCAAGGCCGGCGCCGCGCUGACGCGGCAGGUGGCUGCUACAGCCGCGGCCCUGCUGGACGCGCUCGCAGCCAGUGGCGGCGGCGGCGCCGUCGCUGGUGCUACAGCCAGCCGCGCGGCGCUGGCGCGCGCCGCGCUCGCUGCGAUGCAGGCGUGGGCCGCGCUGCUGCCGCUGUUCCCGGCGGCUAUGGCGGACAGCAAGGCCGGCGGGGCCGCUGACACGGUGGCGGAGGCGGCAGCGGAGGCUGUGCCCGUGGCGUGGCUACUUCAUGCCUCGGUCUACUUCGUGCGAGAGGCGGCGGCAUUGGAUGCGGCGGCGUCGGGGGCACCCGAGGCGAGUGGGGGCGUGGAGGGCGACACGGGGCACGGCCACGGUCCUGGAUCUAGUCUGAGCUUGCAGGCGGUGGAGUGCUGCGGGCGCCUGCUGCAGGCCCUGCUGCAGCCGCCGCCGCCGCCGCCGCCGGCUGCAGGGGCGUCGGAGUCGGGUGCGGACGCGGCGGCGGCAUGGGCGGGCUCGUGCGUGCAGCUCAGCCGCAAGCUGCUGAAGCAGGCGCAAGCAGGGACGGCACUCGCUGCCGCGGCGGAUCCAGCGGCGGCGCCAGCGGCGGCGCCAGGGCUAGCGGCGGCGGAUGCGGCGCUUCACUGUCGACUGGCGCUGGCGGCCCUGCAGGGCGCCGCGUUCGGACUGGAGGCCGCGGCCGCCGCUGCAGGCCCCGGCAAGGGCGCAGCCGCCAGCACCGCCGCCCCGGUCAACGAGCUCGCUGGCGUGGCGGAGCUGGCGCUGCGCGUUGGCAGCGCGGCGGCGUCGCCUGUAGAGGGAGCGGCGGCCUCGUCUGGCGGCGCCGCCGCCGCUGCCGGCGGCAGCGGAAGCGGAAGCGCCGGCAGCCUUGCGUCUGUGCAUGCGCUGCGCGCCGCGCUGUGCGCAGCAGGCUGCGUGGGCGCGUGCCUGAGCCUCCGGGCCACCGCCGCCGCCGCGGGCGGAGCGGGUGGAGCCGGCGGGCACCGCCUGUCGCCCGAGGAGGAGGCUGGCCUGCCGCGGCUGCUGCAGCGCGCGUGCGGCUGGGCGGCGGCGGAGCGGGGGCUGCUGCUACAGCCGCAGCACCCGCCACAGCAGCAGCUACUGCUACAGCCAGUGGCGGCGGCGGCCGGGGCUGACGUGGAUCUGGCGGUUGGGCCGCUUGCGCACGGGCUGAUGCUCAUGUACGGCGUGGGCGCGUGGCUGCCGUACCUGCAGCACGGCACCGGCCGCAGCGCCGCCACCUCCGUUGACGGCGGCGGCGGCGGCGGCGGCGGCGGCGGAGACAACCAGGAGGAGGAUGAGGACAUUCAGGACGUUGAUGGGGGCGCUGUGGCAUUGGCGGCUGCGGCGGGCCCCGGGCGGGGCGGGCCGUCGGACGUGCUUCAGGAGCUGCUUGUGCGGCAGCAGCAGCGAUUGCUGGCGCUGACAGCCGCCACCUCACGGCGCGGCGGUAGCGGCAGGGUCGCGGGCAGCGGGCUGUGGUCCGUGCUGCUGGUGGAUGCGGGGGAUGAGGCGCCGGAGGGCCGCUCGCGCAGGCUGCUGCUGGAGGCCUUCAGGGACACAGUGGCCCGGAGCAAUCGCGCGCAGCUGGCGGCGCUGCUGCGGCUGCUGCUGAGGCAGCUGGGGGAGGCGCUGGCCGCGGCGGCCGAGGCGGCCGCAGCGGCGCUGCCGCCGCUGCAGUGUCUGCUGGUGGUGCUGGAGUGCGUCAGCGGGCCGCGCGCGCUGCCGCUGCUCGCAAAGCAGGGGAGGGCCAUGGCAUCCGCCCUCACAAACACGCUGGUGGCGCUGGCGGCUCAAGCCACCCUGGUCGCUAGCAGCUCCACCACGGCCGCCGGCGGCGCCGCCGCCGCCGCCGUGGCGGCGGCUGCCACCGGGCAGGUGGCGGCCGUCACGGCGCUGCGCUGCCUGCAGUCGGUCCUGGCGCGUGAGGUGACGUUCCGCCUGCCGCCCGAGCUGGUCACAGCAGUGCUCGGUGCCGUGGGCGCCGUGGCUCAGAGCCCGCUGCUGAGCAUGUCCAGCGGGGGCGGGGGCGGGGGCGGCGGCGGCGGCGGCGGCUGCUACAGCCUGCACGGCGGCUGCAGCGCGGUGCUGGCUGUAGCAGUGCGGCACCACACGGCCGUGGUGGCGCACUCGGCGGUGCUGGUCGUGGCGGCGGCGCGCGGGCUGCUGCUGCGGCUGGCGGCGGCCGCCGCCGCGCUCCGGCUGGAGCAGCGGCGGCUGCAGCUGCUGCAGGCGGCGCUGCUACUGCCGCCGAGCGCCGCCGGCACCAGCUCCGGGCUGGCCGACGCCGGCGCGGGGGAGAAUUCGGGAACGGGCCCAGGAGGCGCGGGCAGGAGCAGCGGCGGUGGCGGCCUGGCGGCCGCCACGGCAGCGGCGGCGGGCGUGGCGGCGGCGGCGCAGGGGCUGGCGGGCUGUGCUGCAGCCUUGGCACGUGUGUAUGAGGCGGCGGCGGAGCACCCCAAGACGCUGGGCAAAUACGCGCCGCACCUACUCGCUGACUACAUCUCCUAUGCGGCCGCGCCGCUGCCGUCACUCGCUCUCAUCCUGGCCCAGCAGCAGUCGCAGACGCAGCAGACACAGGCCGCGGGCGCAGACGCAGAUGCGGCCGGGCUGGAGGCGCUGGGUGAGGGAGCUGCUGGGUGGGUGCCUCAUGCGGGCGGCGCAGGCGGUGUGGCGGUAAGCGCGCAGGCCUCGGCGUCAGAGCGCGCGUACGCGGCCGCGGUGGCGGCUGCCGCGGCGGCGCUGGGCGCCGCCGGCGCCAGCAGUGGCGGCGUGGGCGGCGGCGCGUCGGGCGGCGGCACGACGCUGCUGCCGCCGGCGGCGCACGGCGCGCUCCGCCAGGGCGCCUACGGCCUGUUGGGCUGCCUGGGGCCGCUGCAGAUGCAGCACCUGCACAUGGCGCUGGGGCAGGAGGCGGCGCCGCCGGGGCUGGCGGCCAGUGCGGCGGCGGCGGCGGGCCGGCCGGGCAGCGGCAUGGGCGCGGCGCGGCGGGCGGCGCUGGCGGCGCUGCGCAAGGAGUACGACACGAGCUUUAAGUACACUGGCAAGGUGUAGAGCGAGGAACUAACAGGGGAAGCACGGGGAGGGUGCAUGGUGCAGACGGAGGGUUGUUUCCGCUGUUCCCCAUUCAGUAGUCAGGCGCACGGCGGGCCGAGCUGGGCCCGAUGUGCGAAGUAGAGCAGUGCGGGAUUGCAGAGUGGAGGUGCAGGGGAGGUGCAGGGGAGGACAGCAGGAAGGUGGGGGUGCGGACACUGCAGAGUGUAGAGGCAGGGGGCAGGCGGCGGUAGGGGGCAAGCGCAUCGUGUGUCUUCUGGACAUCUUGCCUUGGUGGCGUUGUGGCAGUUGUGAUUAUUGUGGUGGUGGGCCCCCAAGGGCACUGGAAUCUACUGAUUCUGGGUACGGGAUUUGAAGGUUGUGUAGUUGGUUAAGGCGCGGCGCGCGGCAUGCGUGCUGGGGAGGAACCGCCGCAAGUCGUCGAUCGGGCCGAGCCUGCCAGGCAGGGCACCCCACGGAGGCCGCCAACGGCGUGUGGAAGCAGUGUUCAGGUUAAGGCAUUCAGGCGAGGGUGUCGUGGCUGGGCGUUAUGGCGGUCUGAAAGAGCCUCGA